AUCACAAACCCCUUUACUUCACUCAAAAUGAGGCCUAAAACACAUCCUAUGCACCAAUUUCUCAACCUCAAAACCCUAAUUUUAGCUCUUUUUCUUUCAUUGUUCUUCAUUUUCUUCAUGAAAUCUACCAUUUUUGAUUCAUCCACACAAAACCCAUCUCCAAAGUUUCAAUCUUUUUCACCACAAGCUCCAAAAAAUUGCACCCAUUGCAACAAAAUCCCUCGCUCUUUAUCCCAUGCCCUAAUCCAUUACGCCACCUCCUCCAUAACCCCACAACAAACCCUAAAAGAAAUCACGGUGGCAGCCUCGGUCCUCGCCGUUCGGUCACCGUGCAACUUCCUCGUCUUUGGUCUCGGUCACGACAGCCUUAUGUGGGCUACGUUAAACCAUGGUGGCCGGACGUUAUUCCUCGAAGAAGACGAAUCAUGGAUUCAACAAAUACAUCGUCGUUUUCCGAUGUUGGAAUCUCGACAUGCUUGCUAUGAUAGCAAGGUCCAACAGGCUGAUAGUUUGAUGGAUGUCGGAAAAGGAUUGGAGUGUAGGGCGGUUGGUGACCCGAAAUACUCUGUGUGUCAACUAGCACAAAAGGGUCUCCCAGAAGAAGUGUACGACGUGAAGUGGGAUUUGAUUAUGGUGGAUGCACCGACUGGUUACUACGACGAUGCGCCGGGGAGGAUGACGGCGAUCUAUACGGCGGGGAUGAUGGCGAGGAAUAGGGAAGAAGGAGGAAUUACAGAUGUAUUUGUACAUGAUGUGAAUCGGGAAGUGGAAGAUAAGUUUUCAAUGGAGUUUUUGUGUGAAGGUUAUAUGGUGAAACAAGAAGGAAGAUUGAGGCAUUUUAGAAUUCCUUCUCAUAGGGAUGAAUUAGAUAAACCCUUUUGCCCAUUUUAAUCUCGAGAAUAUUAUGUAGGUCAGAUCACGAGCAAUUUGUCCAUUUUAAUCUCGAGAAUAUUAUGUGGGUCAGGUCACGAGCAAUUCUUAUGAGAUGUGUAACGAUUGUGUUCUAA